AUGUCAACACAUGAAGACACCGCGCCGAGCGCCUCCGGCUCUGGCACCGGCUUGGGCACCACCGCUUCAGCGCCCGCUGCGCCCGCCCACGAACCGUCGAUCCACCCCGCACAACCACCGUCGGUCAAGGGUCACAGUUCGAAACUCUCCGUGUCGGGGAGUGCUAUUGGUCGCACGAUUUCCAACAGCCCUUCAGUCGCCGGCGGGAGGUCUCCCUACCUAUCCGACAAGGGAACAUCGCUUGAGUCUUCUGUCCGCAAGUUUCGCAUCGUCGAAGCCCUGCGCAAUGGCGACACCGCCUUUAUCUCCAAGGCUAUCAGGGAGAGCGCCGAGAAUGCCCCCCGCAUGAGCACUUCCUCCUUUACCACCUUCUCGGGGCCCCUCGAUGACACAACAAUCCUACACUUGGCUAUCCAAUGCGCCGAGCAACCCGUUGUCGAAUACGUCCUGUCCGACGGUGCGGGUUCUCUCGACAUCAAUGCUCGUGACAGGGAGGGCAAUACUCCGUUGCAUAUCGCCGCUAUUCAAGGGAGGGCUCAAAUUGUAAAACUGUUGCUAGAGAACAAGGAGAUCAAUGAUGCCAUUGCCAACCACCACGGGCGCCUCCCCAUUGAUCUAGCCCGGAACCCCGAUAUUUUUCAGCAGCUGCAGCUCUCUAGGUCGCUCUUUGCCGAAAACAAGGUUAGGCAGGUUCAAGACCUCAUUCUCCACGGGGAAUUGAAAGUAUUAGAGCAGGUGCUAGAGGAGUCACGCUUCAAAACGGUUUUAGACAUCAACAGCCCCGAGUUCGCGUCUGAGCCUACCACGGUCGAAGCUGGCGGCACCUUACUGCACGAGGCCGCCCGGCGCAAAAACAGCCGGCUUAUCCAGGUUUUGCUGCUGCAUGGAGCCGACCCGUUCCGCCGAGACCGCAAAGGGAAGCUGCCCCAGGAUGUUACCAAGGAUGAGAUCACCCGUGCAAUGCUGAAGAAGUCACCCGCUGCCGUGGCCGCCCAGAGGGGCAUCCAGGAGAAGGCUGUUUUGGGGUCCACUACGCAGGGCGCGGCCACAGCAACGCCCGGUGAUCCCCUUGCCGGGCGAGAGGCGCGAGAGAUGAAGGGCUACCUCAAGAAAUGGACCAACUACAGGAAAGGGUACCAGCUGCGGUGGUUCGUGCUCGAAGACGGCGUCCUCAGCUACUAUAAGCACCAGGAUGAUGCGGGCUCGGCUUGCCGUGGCGCCAUCAACAUGCGCAUUGCCAAGCUGCACAUGAGCGCUGACGAAAAAACUAAGUUCGAAAUUCAUGGCAAGUCAUCGGUAAAGUACACGCUGAAGGCCAACCACGAGGUUGAGGCCAAACGCUGGUUCUGGGCUCUCAACAACUCCAUCCAGUGGACCAAAGACCAGGCCAAGGAAGAGGAGCGCCAGAAAGCCCGGAAUGCAGAGCUUCUGAAGCAGGCCAAGGCGGAACACACCCACCUUGGCGACUCGCCCAGCGAAAACGCCAGCGUUGCCGAACAGUCGCGCAGCAGCAUUCAGCUAACUCGGAUGCAUUCCUCGGCUCGCGCCUCUAGUAAGAGUGGCUUCCCCACAAUCGGUAGCAACGAGGGUGAUGACUUUGUCGACGCGGCUACCGAGGCGGACAACAAGACCGACCAGAACGGUGGCACCGUUGCUGACGAGGGUGACGAGGAUGAAGAUUACGACGAACAUUCAAGCGGACAGGAUGCCCCACCGGCGAAUAAGGAUGCCUUCAAUAUCACCGCUCAGUCCGCAAAGCUGCAGCUUGAGUCCAUGGCUCAUGUUACAGCUGCGUUGCUUCUAGAGUCCUCUAAGAACCCGGCCGCCACCUUAACCGAUCCCAAGACCUCACAGGCUUUAUCUACAUAUGACGCUGCUAUCCGUUCUCUCACCGGCCUGAUUGGCGACCUGCUUCGUAUCUCGAAGGAUCGCGACGCCUACUGGCAGUACCGACUGGACCGAGAGUCGGAGAUGCGCCGGAUGUGGGAAGAGAGCAUGGCACAAGUUGCCAAGGAGCAAGAGGCACUCGAGGCCCGCGUGGGCGAGGCCGAGUCGAAGAGGAAGAUCACCAAGCGCAUUCUUAAGGAGGUCGUGGAGGGCGGGAUGCUCGAGGGUGGCCAGAUUCCUCUGUCGUCCAGCCAGGCCGCAGAGGCCGCCAUCCAGGACGAAGCCGAGGUCCAAACCCCGCCUGAGGCGGUUGGGGCAAAGUCUCCUACCCUCAACGUAUCCAGGCGGCAGACUGUGAUGACCCAGAUUGCGGAUAUCUCUGACUCCGAGUCCGACGGGGAAGAGUUCUUUGACGCAGUUGACGCUGGCGAGGUCGAGGUGUCGCAGUUGCCUCCUUCGGAGCUCACUUCCUCGCAGGAGGAACAGCAACUGGUCAUCUCCGAUGCCUACGAUAUCAGUAGCUCGUUUAAGGGUUAUGAAAACGGCAUCCGCACGCGGUUGAAGAUGGACGCCGAUGACCGGCCGAAGAUUUCGCUUUGGGGAAUUCUCAAGUCCAUGGUUGGAAAAGAUAUGACGAAAAUGACCCUCCCCGUCUCCUUCAACGAACCUACUUCUCUUCUCUACCGCUGUGGUGAGGAUAUGGAGUACGCCGACCUCCUUGAUCUUGCCGCCGACCGGACCGACUCUGUUGAGCGUCUCCUGUACGUUGGCGCCUUUGCAGCCAGUGAAUACGCGUCGACCAUUGGACGUGUUGCGAAGCCGUUCAACCCACUUCUGGGCGAAACGUUUGAGUACGUCCGCCCGGAUAAAAACUACCGCUUCUUCAUCGAGCAAGUCAGCCAUCACCCACCGAUCGGUGCUGCUUGGGCCGAGUCGCCCAAGUGGACGUACUACGGCGAGUCGGCCGUCAAAUCCAAGUUCUACGGCCGCUCGUUCGACAUCAACCCGCUCGGCACAUGGUUCCUGAAGCUCCGUCCCACUCACGGUGGCAAGGAGGACUUCUACACCUGGAAGAAGGUCACCUCCUCCGUCGUCGGCAUCAUCACAGGCAACCCGGUUGUCGACAACUACGGCCCCAUGGAGAUCAAGAAUUGGACAACCGGCGAGGUCUGCUACAUCGAGUUCAAGCCACGCGGCUGGACGGCUUCCAGCGCCUACGUUAUUACCGGCAAGGUCGUCGACGCCAACGGCCGCGUGCGCUUCAGUCUCGGCGGCCGCUGGAAUUCCAAGCUCUACGCCCGCUACACCCCCGGCUUCGAGGCCACCAUCGACGACGCAGCCGCCGCCAAGGCCGACACCUCCGGUCCGCCCCAAUCCGAAGCCAUCACCGACCCCAACAAGGCUUUCCUCAUCUGGCAGGCUAACCCCCGUCCUCAAGGCAUCCCCUUCAACCUCACCCCCUUCGUGCUCACCUUCAACCACAUCGACGACCAACUCCGCCCCUGGAUCGCCCCCACCGACUCACGUCUGCGGCCCGACCAGCGCGCCAUGGAGGAGGGCGAGUACGACUUUGCCGCUACGGAGAAGAACCGGCUUGAGGAGGGACAGCGUGCGCGGAGGCGCGUGCGCGAGGCCAAGGGCGAGGAGUUUAUUCCGGCGUGGUUUACGAAGGCGAAGUGCGAGGUCACGGGGGAGUCGUACUGGAAGUUUAAUGGUGGGUAUUGGGAGAAGAGGGAGAAGGCGGGGCCUGGGGCGGAGGGUGCGAAGGUGUGGGAGGGACUGGAGAAGAUCUUUUAA